CGUGAUUGAUCGGCUGAAGGUCCAGCUAUAGCUCAAUCCAGCAGCCAUCUCUGCUGCAAAUAAGUUGACCAGCGUCGGAUAUUGCAUCUGGAUGCUUUCCAGGGCUUUGGGCUUUUGGCUUUUGGCUUUUGGCUUUUGGCUUUUGGCUCUUGGUUUGUUGUUUCGAACGAUUCGGAUGUGGUCGUACAACUAAAAGACAUGAGUUACACCGACGCCCUUGCACAUGACGAGGCUGAGCACGUACCUUGUUUUGCUGUGCGUCGCCUGGUCAGCUUCAUAGUGCAUACUCGAACCUCAACCUCACUCCAGAUACAAACCAACACAAGAUGUCUAUCCUUCCUAGUGUGGCAUACAACCUGCAGAACCACGGAACCGACUACAACCUGCUCACCAGCGGCGAUGAUCUCUCGGCAGGCUCUUCACGAGUCUACGCAUGGCAAGCCACUAGUUGUGGGUCGGAAGGUGUGGUCUACCUGGUGGAUACGCUUGCGCAGAAAUGUUUGUGGGGAAACGGAGUGCAUGACUGUGUCAGCACUGACCAGGCCUGGAGCAUCCGGGAGGAUGACAGUGUAGACACGUACAUCAUCCAAAACGUUAACGAGGGCGAAAACGGCUUUCUGUCUCUGUAUGAGGACAAAUCGUUCAAUCUCUCGGGCGGCACGUCCUCUUACUCCCAGUGGUCCUUCCAGUCCGAAACACCUCCUACAAGUGUGACUUGGGAUGUGUGUGAUCAUAUCGACAAGCUCAUCAUCUCUUCGUCUAGUACUGGUGCCUCGAGCUCAUCGUCUAGUACUAGUGCCUCGAGCUCAUCGUCUUCUAUGGCCAGUACUCAGGCUGUGACGGUGACGGUAAGCUCAUCAUCAGGCGCCUCUGGUACGGAGAGUUCGGGGAGCAGUGCGACUCCUGAUUCAGUCUCGAAGACUUCAACAUCCAGUGGGGAGCAAUUCUCGGCUGCAAUGACUGCAGCUGCCACCGGUGAAAGCUCAAACAGCGUGGCUUCAGAAGUCAGUAUGUCGUCGGCAACAAGUCAAACGCCCUCCCGCUCGUCGCUCCCACAGUCUAACAAUGCCGUCCCGAGGAAUGCGGCCUGGUGCUUCUUAUUGGCAGCGCUGAUGGUCAGUGUGUCUGUGACUUCGUCGUAGCCGAGUGUGGAAAGUGCGGGUGGUUGUCUCAGGCUCGGAGAUAAUGUGGAAGACGUGUAGGGAAGUCGCUGGUGUGUGGAAGAAAGCGUAAGUCCUGUCCUCUUGAUCUGUACAAUAAGCUGCCAGAGUAAUAGCAUUGUCAACUACGCCUGAUGCAUGAUGCGGAUGAGCUUUCUUCUCGCGUAGAUACUGAAGCUGUCACAUGGGCAGACCGCUUCUCCGAGCAUGCCGCUCAUACUCGUUGCCAUGUCUCGUCACCGAGCCGCAGAAAUUGAUACUCUCUCGCUUUUGGUCGCAGUUCUUGUCUGCUGUCCCCAUUGCAGCUGGGAUAUCUACCUGAUACAUUGACUAAAGAACACCAGUUACGCCCCGCGCUAUGCGUUUAGACUAGACAAGAUUGAAGCAUAUGCGAACAUUACCAUGAUCCAUCUACGUCUGCAAAUCACCCUUGUCCGUUCAAUAAGCUAUACCGCUCCUUCCCCUGCC